ACUGCGAGUUGGAGUAGCACAAGGCGACACAUCGCCUGCCUGUUUGAGACAUCGGUAACCCUCGACGUCAGAUCGUGCAGACAGUCCGCAUCGCCGCCGGCGUUAGCCUGACAGUUCAGGACCGAAUAGUGCCUCGGGCAGGUGCUCUCUAUAUAUCCUUCUUAAGCUAUUUAUUUGGAUACCAUUUUCGUUUCAUUUGCGCGCUUUUGGAUUCGUCCGAAGAGCGGGCCGCUUCUUGGACGGCAAUGGUCUUAGGCACGGGCAACCGGCCGCAAGGUCGGUCAUGGCGGUCACUCUUUGCAAAAAGGUCAUCUGAGGACCAAGGCGGCCUUGACAAGCCCGGGCCUUCAAGAUGGACCAUGGGCAUCCUCGAAGACAAGGAGACCAUUGAAGUCCCAGGUUCGGUGCUGCUGUUGGCCGCAGACCAUAAUGAACCCCUGGGGCUACGGAACGCGCCGGCCAGGACCUCCCACUCGGCCAUCCCCGCUGGCAUACCGCGGCAGAUUGAGCCGCCUACAGAGCCCCAGAAAAAGACGACCAAGGACGGCAAGAUCAUCUUGGAUCCUCAGCCUGACGAUUCCGUCAACGACCCGCUGAAUUGGCCCGCAUGGCGGAGAGAUUUAGCACUGCUGUCCCUCGGUCUCAUUUGCAUGGUCGGCGGAGGCACAACGCCCCUCCUCGCCGCGGGCUUCACAGACGUCGCCCACGAUUAUGGCGUUGAUGUCCACAGCGUCUCGCUGACGACGGGCCUGUACAUGAUGGGCAUGGGUCUUGGAUCCGUCAUAUUCUCGCCCACCGCCAUCCUGUUCGGAAAGCGGCCGGUUUAUCUCUUUGGCGCGGUUCUGUUCAUGGCGACAUCCAUCUGGUGCGCCGCCUCGCCCAGCUUCACGUCGCUUAUCCUGGCGAGAAUCCUUCAGGGCGUCGCGGUCAGCCCGGUGGAAUGUCUGCCGUCGGCCACCAUUGCAGAGAUCUUCUUCUUGCAUGAGCGCGCUUUCCGGAUUGGCAUUUACACCCUGUUACUGCUCGGAGGCAAGAACCUGGUUCCUCUCGCGAGCGCCGCCGUCAUCCAGAAUAUGGGGUGGCGCUGGGUUUUCUGGAUUGUGGCUAUCAUUGUGACAUUCUGUGGCAUCCUUGUGUUCUUCUUCGUGCCCGAGACUUUCUGGGAUCGGGCGCCUGUCCCGCGAUCGCGAAAGGCGAGGCCAGGGUUCCUUCGCCGGUUGUCAACCAAGCAGAACGUUCCCCAAGUAACGAAGCCUUCAGCCGCCAGCCCAUCGGCUGAUAUGGCGGCUCAAGGCAUCCCAUCACCAGCACUCCCCACGCCGAGGACACUCCGUGUCGGGUUCAUCGAAGAUGGAGUCGUAGAUGGCGUUAAAGAGGCAGACGCAGGGCACAACGCAUCUGGCGAGACGGCUGAUAGCCAGUCUCCUGAGAAGCACAAUGCCGACGUGAAAAGAACUGUCACCGACCCAUAUCCCACGACAGAGUGUCUCCAGGUUCCUCCGACGACCGAACCGCAGCACCCUGCUCAAGCCAAGCUAGCGCCGCCCGAGAGUCCUCACUCAGACAUGGGCCACGCCCGCAAGGAGCGGUUCCACGACACGGACAGCGAGUCGCAAUCCAUCCGGACAAUGGGCCCCCCAGCUUACACCGCUGCCCUGCGCGACCAGCCGCGGCUCUCCUUCGUGCAGCAGCUGAAGCCCUUCAACGGGCGGCUGAACAAGGACAAGUGGCACAAAGUUGCCAUCCGGCCGCUGAUUCUCUUCUCCUAUCCCGCCGUCCUCUGGUCGUCGGUGGUCUACUCGUGCUCAGUCGGCUGGCUGAUCGUCAUCUCCGAGUCGGUGGCCGUCAUCUACCGCGAGGGCGGCUACCAUUUCAACGCGCUGCAGACGGGGCUCGUGUACAUCAGCCCCUUUGUGGGCGGCAUCCUGGGUUCGGCCGUGGCCGGGCGGGUGUCAGACGUCAUUGUCAAGGCCAUGGCGCGGCGCAACGGGGGUUUGUACGAGCCCGAGUUCCGCUUGGUCAUGGCCAUCCCCAUUGCCAUCACCACAGUGCUGGGGCUCAUGGGCUUUGGCUGGUCGGCGCAGGUCAACGACCACUGGAUGGUCCCGACGGCGUUCUUUGGUAUCAUCUCGUUCGGCUGCUGUUUGGGGUCUACGACGAGCAUCACUUUUUGUGUUGACAGCUACAGGCAAUACGCUGGCGAAGCCCUCGUGACGCUCAACUUUAGCAAGAACGUCCUGCACGGGCUUGUUUUUAGCUUGUUCGUCACGGGGUGGCUCAAGGAUGACGGUCCGAAGACUGUGUUCAUGUGGAUCGGCAUUAUUCAGCUGAUCCUGCUGCUUUUCUCUAUCCCCAUGUACAUCUUCGGGAAGCGGGCGCGUAUGUGGACGGUGCGGAAGAACUUUAUGGAGAGGUUCUAGGCGAACACGACGGCAUGUGGUUUUUAUGAUGAUGGGGUUUGGCAUGUUUGAAUCUUCCUUUUUGGCAUUCGCUCGUUGCAUAGCGUGUCCUCGC